ACGUGUGUUCUCCCAUUACAUAUUUGCUGUUAUCCUCAAAAUUUACGUCCGAGCUCCUGACGACGACUUCGAGCAUCAACAAUUAUCGUUUUCUCAAUUUUCUCUCAGAACUCAGGCACCCACAUACACAUCUGUCCCACAUCUGGACAUUCACCUGCCUCAAGCUGCCUUUAGUGUAUAUACUAGAGAUGACAUCAGUAUUUGGGACUUUUGUAGGACAGUGAUGUUAUUAGACUAGUGCUGUCAGUAAAUCCUAUAAGAAACUAAUUUGCAAAAAUGGAGUAGCAAGUGACAAAGAAAUCUGGGAUCAGUAAUAUCCUUGUCCCCAUACAGGUGGGAGGAAAAGGAGAUAAGUAGUUACAAGUGUGACUUUGUGAGAUCUGCAUUGAGAUAGACGAUUAGAGAGUCUAUCAAAUUUUUGUUUGUGGUAAGAAAUUCACAAUGAAAGCUGAGAUGAUGACUCACAUGACACACGUUCAGUUUCAUGCAAGUGAAGAGCCCUUCCAGUGCACACAAUGUGAUAAGAAAUUCAUUCAGAUGGCAGACUUGACAAAGCACAUCCAAAUUCAUGCAACUGAAAAGCAGUUUGAAUGUUCCUAUUGUGACAAGAAAUACACUCAGAAGGCUCAGCUUCACCUUCACCUACGGAUUCACACUGGUGAAGAACCUUUCCAUUGUACGUUCUGUGAAAAGAAAUUUACAAGGAAAGACAACUUGAUAAAGCAUGUGCGGAUUCAUACAGGUGAAAAGCCAUUUGACUGUACAUUUUGUGCCAAGAAAUUCACCCAGAAGUCUCAUUUAACCAAGCAUGUUCGUAUACACACUGGUGAAAAGCCAUACAACUGCUCAUAUUGUGAGCAGAAGUUUCCUCAGAAGUCAAACCUGUUGCGUCACAUAUGGAUCCAUACAGGAGACAAGCCCUUUGAGUGUACAUAUUGCGACAAGAAGUUUAUUUUGAAAUUUGAUUUAACACGUCAUAUACAGAUUCACACUGGUGAAAAGCCCUUUGAGUGUUCAUUUUGUGACAAAAAGUUUACCCAGAAGUCACAUCUGAUGCAUCACAUACAGAUGCACACAGGUGAAAAGUCUCUGAAACGUUCUCCAGGGGAAAAGAAGACCUCACCAAAGUCUGACUUGAAGAUUCCUGUACCAAGCAAUGCAUGUGACAAGCCUUUUGUAGACAGCAAACCUUUUGUUGACAGCAAGCCUUUUGUUGACAACAAGCCUUUUGUUGACAACAAAGGUUUUGCUGAAAACAAGGCUUUUGUUGAAAACAAAGCUUUUGUUGAAAAUAAGGCUUUUGCUGAGAAAGCAUUUGCUGAAAAAGCUUAUGCUGAGAAAGCAUUUGCUGAGAAAGCUUUUGCAGAGAAAGCUUUUGCCGAAAAGGCUUUCGCAGAAAAGACUUUUGCUGAAAAAGCUUUUGCUGAGAAAGCUUUUGCUGAGAAAGCUUUUGCUGAAAAAGCAUUUGCAGAAAAAGCAUUUGCUGAAAAAGCUUUUGCCGAGAAGGCUUUUGCUGAGAAGGCUUUUGCCGAAAAAGCUUUUGCUGAAAAAGCUUUUGCUGAAAAAGCUUUCGCUGAAAAGCAGUAUGCUGAGAAGCAGUAUGCUGAGAAAGCACUUGCUGAAAAGCCAUAUGGUGAAAAGCCAUUUGAGUACCCGUAUUGUGACAAAUUUAGACACAAGCAUAAUUUGAUGUACCCUGAGUGGAACUAUGCCAAUGGAGAGCCCUCUCAGCAUCCCAUUUUCAACAGAGGAUUCAGAGAAACUGGAGCAUUAGCUUGGCAUCUAGGCAACAUGCAUAAGAGAGACCCGGCAAGUGCCCAGUGAGGUGACUGUCACUCAUUUCGAAACUCAAACUCGCACUCUAAUUCAAACAGGACCUCAACUAUGUGCCAGAUGUAUAGAAGUUGAGCCUAGACCUCACCUUCGAUACAACCCUGAAUUGUCUUACUUUUAUUGCUAAAUGAAGAGGAUGGGUAUGCCAAUAUUCAGGUGUAGUUGAGGGGGAAAUUUUGCUCCUAAUUUUGAACACGAAAAGUGUCGGAGGAUAUCAUGCAACUGUGAAGAAGAAAAGGAGUUCAGGCCACUGAAGUCUGUGUAAGAGUGAAUUUUCCCAGAGUCCUGAUAUGCUUCCCAGUGAUUUCUUUUUUCCUAUUAGAAAAAAAGUAGAAGUGUUUUCUUAUAUGUAUAUUCCACAAAUGACAGGUUAGACACAAGAAACAAUGAUGAAGUUUCAUCAUCAGAAAAUUGUCGCUUUGAUCAAAUGUCAAGCACUCUCGCAGCAAUACGUCAUCCUCAGAACUCAAAUCAUCUAGAUUCUUAAGCAGUCAAGAUAUCUAUGAGCGUAUUAAUUCCGUGAAAGUUGUGUGUCUGGCUGUCUUCAGGUGUCAUUAGUACAUGAUGCCAGAGCCAUAUUGUGUAUUCUGCCUCGUUGUCAAGUCUUAACGUCUUGAGUCCAUGAAAGGCUGAUUAUUCAUGUAAGUUUAGAGUACAACUUGGUGACAGCAUUUGAUGAUUGAUACAAACUGCCAGUUAUCGUUUUGGGGAUGACUCUUGUAACUUAAAAAUUUCAAAUGUAAAUUAACAUUUUCUGUAUAAUGCAUUUACUUGUGUCAAGUAUACUGGACAGGACCUGUAAAAGGGAUGAAGAUUUUAGUUUGUAAAGUACACAAAAGCUCUCUGUCUCCUUGAUUAAAUGCUGUCCCUAUAGUAAUGGAGCUAAAUUUAGAAGAUUAGAUGUAAAAGAAAAAAAAUAAUAAAAAAGUAAAAUAUAAAAAAAUAGAAAUUAUGUUCUUUAUACAUAAAAUACUAAAACAGUAUUUUUAUUACUAUCAUUAUGAUUUUAAUGAUAUUAUAAUUAUUAGCAUAAGUUUAUCAUUAUUAUCAUUAUUAUUUUGUUUUUUGUUUUUGGUAACAGGUUGACUUGAGCAUCUUCAUCCAUUGUUUCCUCUGCAUUACGGCUUUUUUCUUUCCGUUUUCUCCACCAAGAGGGUACUUUGAUAUAUGUACAAAAUAAAUAGAUUUGAACAUAUUUUGAUAUGAGAGAGAAAAAAAUACAAUGAUAAUGUAAAGAUUACAUAAAAGAUGAAUAUGCUUAGACAAUUCUGUCAUAGAGGAUAUCAUCAAUUUGCAAAAUAAAUAGUGAUGAUCACAAGCCGAUUGACGUACUUGUGAUAUCUGUAAAUGUGAUCUUCCACAUAGAUUAACAGUCCUGGUGCAGUCUAAAGGGGGUGUCACACUAGCACAUUUUCUACUAAUUACCAAUUGUGAUAGUCCAGAGCUCUUUUGACAGUUUCUCUGUAUUUAGAUAAAAAAAAAAUUAUUGGCUGAAAUUUAUUGGUCAUCUGGUGGUAGGGCUUUAAAUGGAAAAUCUGGAUAUUGUGUUAAAUGUGAUGACCAUUUGCAAUGAUUGAGGCAUUACAUAUUUUUUUUUUUUUUUUUUUUUUUUUUUUUUUAAGCACAUAAG